GUUUUGAUCUAUGUUUUGAGCAGUAAAUGUUCCUGGAAAUGUUCUCUCCAAAAACUGUGCGAGUGGCUUCAAUACCUUGUCUUUACUAUUUCCUGGGUAUUUUACCCUUUUCUCAUUUUCUGUUCCUCCAAAUCCAUGCAUUCAAUUUGGAUGCAGACAAACCAGUUAUUUACUCGGGACCAGAAAGAAGCUAUUUCGGGUUUUCUAUCGAUUUCUAUUUGCCUGGUAAUGGAACUCCAUAUCUUGUCGUUGGGGCUCCCAAGGCACAAACAGAGCAAGUAAAUGUCACUGAAGGAGGUGCGGUGUUUUUGUGCCCUUGGGCGGUUGGUGGAAGCCCUUGUGUUCUGAUACCGUUUGAUACCGAGGGUAACCGAAAUCUUAACUUAGCUUUGGAAUCUAUGAAAGACUAUAAAUCCAACCAGUGGUUUGGUGCAACAGUCAAAGCAGAUAAGGAUAAAUUAUUGGCUUGUGCACCCUUGUAUCACUGGAAAUAUGUGACAAGGUACAUGGUGGAGAAGACCAGUGGAUUAACACCAGUUGGCACUUGUCUAAUUGCACUUCAGAACUUCAGCAGCUACGCUGAGUAUUCACCUUGUCGUUCCACUACCGUCGUAAUAAAUGAGAGCAAGCCAAUACCCUCUGACCGGCGGUAUUGUGAAGCAGGAUGGAGCAGUGAGAUAACUAAGGAUGGAGACAUAGUUCUGGGAGCUCCAGUUUGCUACUUUGGGCAAGGUCUGAUUGCCACGACUAACAUUGAACAAAUUGUCCAGACUGAUCAGCGCAAAAGUCCUGAGGCAAUAAUCAGUCAACAGAGGCAAAGUACAGAUGCAAAGGGAUCGAAAGAUAACAGCUAUGAAGGCUAUUCAAUGGCACUUGGAGAAUUCAGCGGGGACUCAAUAGAAGAAUUCCUUGUGGGAGCUCCAGGACAGAAUGACACAAAAGGAUCUGUUAUUAUCAUGAACUCCACAAACAUAAAGGCCAUUCAUAACAUCAUUGGGGAGCAGGUGGCAUCGUAUUUUGGUUCAGCGGUGGCUGUGCUGGAUAUAAACAAUGAUGGACGAGAUGAUAUUGUGGUCGGGGCGCCGCUCUACAUUAUCCAUAGUCCUGACGGCCAACUCCACGAGGUCGGGCGGGUGUACAUUUACCUGCAGGACCAGCCUGGACAGUUCAGACAGCCACAGAAGCUGACCGGCACUUACCGCUUUGGCAGAUACGGCAAUGCCUUGGGCAACCUUGGGGACCUGAACCGAGACGGAUUCAAUGAUGUAGCAGUUGGCGCACCGUUUGCCGGUGAGGAUGGGAAUGGAAGAGUCUACAUUUACACAGGUCACGCCAGCGGCCUCGACCAGAAACCUCGUCAAGAACUAAUGGGUCCUUGGGCAUCUGAUUCAGGGUCAGCGAGGUUUGGCUUUUCACUAAGAGGAGGCUCAGAUAUAGACGCAAACGAAUAUCCAGACUUGAUUGUUGGUGGAUACGGAGUGAAUAAAGUUGCUGUAUACAGAGCUCGCCCGGUCAUCAGAGCAAACGCCAAACUCAUUCUGAAUCCGGAUAUCCUGAAUCCUCAAGAAAAGACGUGUUACUUGUCUCAGUUGGGUGCCUCUGUGUCAUGUUUUAUUGUGCAGGCCUGCAUUACAAUCGAAGGCCACGGCAUCCCACAAAACAUGAAUCUGACUGCUGAAAUCCAGCUGGACAUUAAUAAGCAGCGGUCACAGCAACGGACCCUCUUCCUGCAUUCUAGCCAAACGAAGCAAGUGUUCCUGUUUCAGCCCAGAAACCAGAGGACUCCGACCUGCAUUAACUUCACCGCUUACCUCAAAAAUGAAACAGAACUAAAAGAUAAACUGAGUCUGAUUGUCGUGACUCUGAACUGCAGUCUGCAGGAGAUGCCCAUGCUCAGCAGCGACAUCCUCACACCGGUCCUCAGCCCUGACAAAUACGUGCUGAUCACUAAGAAGGCUCGUAUUCUGUUGAAUUGUGGCCCUGAUAACAUCUGCAUUCCAGCUCUCAGCCUUGCUGCCAACAUAAAUAAGCGCCGUUUGUUCAUUGGCGACACAAACCCACUCACGUUGAUAUUCACCGCAAGCAACGACGGAGAAGGAGCCUUCGAAGCUGAGCUCCAUCUCCCCAUUCCUGCAAACGCAGACUUCAUAGAUGUGGUCAGGAACAACAAGAGUCUCAGUAAGCUAAGAUGUAACCUGGAGAUGGAGAAUGAGGUGAGGACAGUGGUCUGUGAUCUUGGAAACCCCAUGCGUAAUGGAACCAAGAUAUCUGCAGGCCUGCAAUUCACUAUGCACAGCUUGGAUCAGGUGGAAAAUGUUACGUUUAUCACUCAGAUAAAAAGUAAGAAUUCAGAAGGCUCACGCAGUAAUGCUGUCCAUUUGAACCUUAUGGUGGCUUCUGCGGCUCAGGUCAUUCUAAGAGGGGUGUCACUGCCUGAAGAGGUUGUGCUUCAGUUCACCGAUGAAUCACUGGAAAACCCAGAGAUGCAGAAUAACACUUUACCUGUAAUGGAACACGUUUAUGAGCUGCACAACAAUGGCCCGGGAUCAAUCAGCGCUGCCGUGUUGGAGGUGGCCUGGCCUGUGGAGUUUCAAGGCAAAAGUCUCCUGUUACAAUCCAAGAUUUUACCACAGAGCGGAGUGAACUGUACAGUAGACUCCAAUUAUGCUGACCUGUUCAUGGGAUGGGAGGAGGCCCCAAGUACAAAGAGCCCAUCCACUGCAAAUAUUGUGAGGAUUCGGGAUAACCAUAAAAGAGAUGUCAGUGAAUCGGAAUUUCCUUUGGAGGAGGAGACCAGCUUCUCUAUGAACUGCACCAGGGUAAGGUGCACGACAAUCAGGUGUCACAUUGGUCUUGUGGAGAAGGGAAAGGGAGCUGUGGUUAAUAUCCAGUCUCGUCUGCAGAUGGAGAUUUUUAUCAAGAAGACUUACAAGCAAUUUACAUUCCUGUCUAACGCGAAUUUUAUGGUGAAGAAAAUGCCAUAUAAAGUGCUGCCAGAAAGCCCCUCAACUGGCACAGCAAUGGUAAACACAGUGAUCGUGCGAAGACCCCCAGAGACCAGCUCACCCACGCCUAACUGGGUCAUUUAUGUUUCUGUGCUCGGGGGUUUGGUACUUGUGGCUCUGAUGACAAUUCUCAUGUGGAAGUGUGGAUUUUUUGAAAGGAAACGCCCCCCUACAGAAGAUGACGAAUAACAUAACAAGGCUCGCUCAGUCUGCAAACCUACUUUGGGCAGCCAAGCAGCCAAGGCCUCUCCGCCUAAAGACUUUCCAAAGGAAAAAAAGUUACAACUCCCUUCCACGUCUCUCCGCACCUCCACUCCCCCACCCCUCCCCUCCCCAGCAACUUUGUCCUUCACAACUUCUUUUAUUCCAGGCUUCAAUAUAGAUCACGACAGGCUUUUUCAACUUGUCCAGAAUAGUAGAACCAGAGGACACUGCCUGCGAUUGAAAGGGGUUAAAUUCAGAACGAAUCUACGCAAACACUAUUUCAGUGAGCGAACAUAGAUUAGAUAGUUUUCUUUUAGGAGAUAACAUUAUGGGAUAUAGUACAGAGGGAGUUUGGGAUACAUGUGCAUGCGAUAAGAUGCUAUAUCAUAUGCAAGGAUUAUUAUACUAUUAUUAUCUUCUAUAGGUAGAAUUGUCAAGUUGUUUCUCUCCUUGAUUAGGUCAUUGAACAUGGUGUUAUGUUGAUUGUGAAUGAGAUGCUCUAGUUGCUGGUCGGGGUAACAUUUCACCACUGUAAUCAUUGGUACUUAAAUUCCUGAUGUACUUUCUUAUGUAACAUUUUUGUGUACCAUUAACGUGAUGCAACACAAUAAAAACCCAAUAAAGGACUUGUCAUUGG